CAAGCUGUCAAAUAAAUCACCACGCCAGCAGCCCUGGUGUUGAUGGCGGUGAAUAUCACCCGGGCACACACGUGGGCCCCAAACACAGACGAAUCGGUGCGUCUUGAAAACGACCGAUCGUCGCCGAAACAGUUAACAGCAGAACCCGGAAAAGGGCGAAGUCUGCACAGCAACAAGCGCCAUGAUUGCGUUGCACUGUGCGUCCCAGCAGCUGGACAACAUGGAGCAGCUAGAGGAGGAACUUACGUGCCCGAUCUGCUGCGGGCUUUUCGAGGACCCGCGGGUCUUAUUGUGCUCGCACAGCUUUUGCAAGAAAUGCUUGGAUGGACUCCUGGAGGGGAGCCGAGGUCCGUCGUACAGGACCCCGUUCAAAUGCCCCACUUGCCGCAAGGAGACCCCUCACAACGGCGCCCACAGCCUCCAGAUCAACUACUCCCUGCGAGGGAUCGUGGAGAAGUACAGCAAAAUCAAGGUUCUGCCUAAAAUGUCCGCUUGCGCACACCACUGCGGUCAGCCUCUGAAUAUAUUUUGCGCCACGGACUUCAAACUCAUUUGUGGGUUUUGCGCAACGACCGACGAGCACCGAGGGCACACGUUCUGCUCAUUGGAGGAGGCGUACGACCGGGAGAAGGCGGCGUUCGAAGAGCUGCUUCGCGGGGUGGAGAGCUGGCAGAGCGCCGACAUCCUGUCCUGCCUGGAGACACUGCAGACCAGUAAGAAGAAGGCGCUGCAGUCGGUGACCAGGGACGCGGAGAAGGUGACCGAGUAUUUCGACAAGCUCAUCAGUGGCCUCGAGGGCAAGAAGAACGAGAUCCUGUCCGACUUCGAGACCCUGAAGCUGGUGGUGAUGCAGGCGCACGAUCCGGAGAUCACCAAGCUGAGCGCGGCGCUGGAGGAGCAGCGGCGGGCGCUCAGCAUCGCGGAGUCCUUCAGGAGCGCCUCGGACCCGCUGGACUUCCUGGAGCAGAUGCAGGAGUUCCGGGAGAAGUUCCGGCUCCUGAAGGAGACCUCCCUGCCCCCGAAGAGGGAGAUGAACCUCGGUCCUUUGGUGCGCAAUUUUGACGUGAAAAAGUGGGAUUCGCUGAGGCUGAGAGAGGUGGACAAGAUCUCGGUGCCCCAUGAGAACGGCUCGUACAGAGUGGGGGGGUCGCGGAUGGCGGCGCGCAGACGGAUCACCUUGUUCAUGAGUCUGCUGCUGCCGGUGCUGCUGCUGCUGCUGCUGCAGCCGAACCUCCUCGCAGCUCACAUCAGCCCUCAGAUCCAACCCAUGCUCACUACUCUGUCCUCGCACUUGAGCCACAGCAGCGAGUACCUGUGGGGAAUGACUGACAUGUGCACCAGUCUGAUGGGUGCAGGCCAGGAAUGCAUCGUCCACCUGCUUGACUCUACUGUCACUUUUAUUGGCAGUUGUAAGUUGUUUUGAUUCCUUACGAGCCUGUGGCAUCUCACGCGCUCACAGCGACCGCUUGUUUGCAAGUGACUCGUGAGAUGCACAGAAUUAGAGUCAGUUAUGCACCUGAGUUUAUGGAAACACUUUUUUAUUUAACUGUUCACCAUUUCUUUUUGCUUUAUUCCCCUUAAGAUCCAACCUCUCUGAACCAUUCACCAGAUGGUCGUUACAUAGGAUUCAGACGCACAGUCACCAAUUCAUUCCUUCUUUUCCACAAAUGUACAAUCUAUUCUUUUUCUAAGCGUUGACAACUUUAUACUUCCCCCAAGAUCUUGACAAAUAAAACUUGAGAACUUUAACACA